AUGUGGUGGGCUUUCCUGGCCUCCUCCAUGGUGACUUUCUUCGGGGGCCUCUUCAUCAUCUUGCUCUGGCGGACGCUCAAGUACCUGUGGACCGUGUGCUGCCACUGCGGGGGCAAGACCAAGGAGGUCCAGAAGAUUAACAAUGGCUCGAGCCAAGCAGAUGGCACUCUCAAGCCAGUGGAUGAAAAAGAGGAGGCAGUGGCAGCCGAAGUCGGCUGGAUGACCUCCGUGAAGGACUGGGCUGGGGUGAUGAUAUCCGCCCAGACGCUGACCGGCAGAGUCUUGGUUGUCUUAGUCUUUGCUCUCAGCAUUGGUGCACUUGUAAUAUACUUCAUAGAUUCAUCAAACCCAAUAGAAUCCUGCCAGAAUUUCUACAAAGAUUUCACAUUACAGAUCGACAUGGCUUUCAACGUGUUCUUCCUUCUCUACUUUGGCUUGCGGUUUAUUGCAGCCAACGACAAGCUGUGGUUCUGGCUGGAGGUGAACUCUGUAGUAGACUUCUUCACGGUCCCUCCCGUGUUUGUAUCUGUGUACUUGAACAGAAGUUGGCUUGGUUUGAGAUUUUUACGAGCGCUCAGACUGAUACAGUUUUCAGAAAUUUUGCAGUUUCUGAAUAUCCUAAAAACCAGCAAUUCCAUCAAGCUGGUGAAUUUACUCUCCAUAUUUAUCAGCACAUGGCUGACUGCGGCCGGGUUCAUCCACUUGGUGGAGAAUUCAGGGGACCCAUGGGAAAAUUUCCAAAACAACCAGGCACUUACCUACUGGGAAUGUGUCUACUUACUCAUGGUCACCAUGUCCACCGUUGGCUAUGGAGAUGUUUAUGCCAAAACUACUCUUGGGCGCCUCUUCAUGGUCUUCUUCAUCCUCGGGGGACUGGCCAUGUUUGCCAGCUACGUCCCUGAAAUCAUAGAGUUAAUAGGAAACCGCAAGAAAUACGGGGGCUCCUAUAGUGCGGUUAGUGGAAGAAAGCACAUUGUGGUCUGUGGACACAUUACUCUGGAGAGUGUUUCCAACUUCCUGAAGGACUUCCUGCACAAGGACCGGGAUGACGUCAAUGUGGAGAUCGUCUUUCUCCACAACAUCUCCCCUAACCUGGAACUCGAGGCUCUGUUCAAACGACAUUUUACUCAGGUGGAGUUUUAUCAGGGUUCAGUCCUCAAUCCACACGAUCUUGCAAGAGUCAAGAUAGAGUCAGCAGAUGCGUGCCUGAUCCUUGCCAAUAAGUACUGCGCUGACCCAGAUGCUGAGGAUGCCUCCAACAUCAUGAGAGUGAUCUCCAUAAAGAACUACCAUCCGAAGAUCAGAAUCAUCACUCAGAUGCUGCAGUAUCACAACAAGGCCCAUCUGCUAAACAUCCCGAGCUGGAAUUGGAAAGAGGGUGAUGAUGCAAUAUGCCUUGCAGAGCUCAAGUUAGGUUUCAUAGCCCAGAGCUGCCUGGCUCAAGGCCUCUCCACGAUGCUCGCCAACCUCUUCUCCAUGAGGUCAUUCAUAAAGAUUGAGGAAGACACAUGGCAGAAAUACUACUUGGAAGGAGUCUCCAAUGAAAUGUACACAGAAUAUCUCUCCAGUGCCUUCGUGGGUUUGUCCUUCCCUACUGUUUGUGAGCUGUGUUUUGUGAAGCUAAAGCUCCUAAUGAUAGCCAUUGAGUACAAGUCUGCCAACCGAGAGAGCCGUAUAUUAAUUAAUCCUGGAAACCACCUUAAGAUCCAAGAAGGUACUUUAGGAUUUUUCAUCGCAAGUGAUGCCAAAGAAGUUAAAAGGGCCUAUUUUUACUGCAAGGCUUGUCAUGAUGACAUCACAGAUCCCAAACGAAUUAAGAAAUGUGGCUGCAAAAGGCUGAUCUAUUUUGAAGACGAGCAGCCAUCAACCCUGUCACCAAAAAAAAAGCAACGCAACGGGGGCAUGAGGAACUCACCCAACUCUUCUCCGAAGCUGAUGAGGCACGACCCCUUGUUAAUUCCUGGCAAUGAUCAGAUUGACAACAUGGACUCUAACGUGAAGAAGUAUGACUCUACUGGGAUGUUUCACUGGUGUGCGCCCAAGGAGAUCGAGAAAGUCAUUCUGACUCGAAGCGAAGCAGCCAUGACCGUCCUGAGUGGCCACGUGGUGGUCUGCAUCUUUGGGGAUGUCAGCUCAGCCCUGAUUGGCCUUCGGAACCUGGUGAUGCCACUCCGGGCCAGCAACUUCCACUACCAUGAGCUCAAGCACAUUGUGUUUGUGGGCUCCAUUGAGUACCUCAAGCGGGAAUGGGAAACACUUCACAACUUCCCUAAAGUGUCCAUAUUGCCUGGUACGCCAUUAAGUCGGGCUGAUUUAAGGGCUGUCAACAUCAACCUCUGUGACAUGUGUGUUAUCCUGUCAGCCAAUCAGAAUAAUAUUGAUGAUACUUCGCUGCAGGACAAGGAAUGCAUCUUGGCGUCACUCAACAUCAAAUCUAUGCAGUUUGAUGACAGCAUCGGGGUCUUGCAGGCUAAUUCCCAAGGAUUCACACCUCCAGGAAUGGACAGAUCUUCUCCAGAUAACAGCCCAGUGCACGGGAUGUUGCGCCAACCAUCCAUCACGACCGGAGUCAACAUCCCCAUCAUCACUGAACUCGUGAAUGACACAAAUGUUCAGUUUUUGGACCAAGAUGACGACGAUGACCCCGACACAGAACUAUAUCUCACACAGCCCUUUGCUUGUGGGACAGCCUUUGCCGUUAGCGUCCUGGACUCGCUCAUGAGUGCGACGUACUUCAACGACAAUAUCCUCACCCUGAUACGGACCCUGGUGACCGGAGGAGCUACCCCAGAACUCGAGGCUCUCAUUGCUGAAGAGAAUGCACUUCGAGGGGGCUACAGCACCCCCCAGACGCUGGCCAAUAGGGACCGCUGUCGUGUGGCCCAGUUAGCACUGCUGGACGGACCCUUUGCAGACUUGGGGGAUGGUGGUUGUUAUGGUGAUCUGUUCUGUAAAGCUCUGAAAACAUAUAACAUGCUUUGUUUUGGAAUUUACCGGCUGAGAGAUGCCCACCUCAGCACCCCCAGCCAGUGUACAAAAAGGUAUGUCAUCACCAACCCCCCCUACGAGUUUGAGCUUGUGCCGACGGAUCUGAUCUUCUGCCUGAUGCAGUUUGACCACAACGCCGGCCAGUCCCGGGCCAGCCUGUCCCAUUCCUCUCAGUCUUCACAGUCCUCCAGCAAGAAGAGCUCCUCUGUCCAUUCUAUCCCAUCCACAGCGAACCGGCAGAACCGGCCCAAGUCCAGAGAAUCUCGGGACAAACAGAAUGCGACAAGGAUGAAUAGAAUGGGCCAAGCAGAAAAGAAAUGGUUUACAGAUGAACCGGAUAAUGCCUAUCCCAGAAACAUUCAAAUCAAGCCCAUGAGUACCCACAUGGUUAACCAGAUCAACCAAUACAAAUCCACAAGCAGCUUGAUUCCUCCAAUCAGAGAAGUUGAAGAUGAAUGUUGA